AUGCCAUCUAUCCGAUCUCUCUUCCUUAGCGCAUUGUCGGCAUGGCUGGUCGCAGGGCAUACUCUCCGGGCCAGCAACAUCAGCACCGGCUACCGGAUCGAUGUGCACUCUCAUGUGAUUCCUCCGGUCUGGAGAGAGGCCUUGAUUGCUGCUGGCUACCCGGUGAAGAAUGGAACGCUGUAUACUGACAAUUUCCCGGUGCCCAACUGGACGCUGGAAUCACAUCUGGCCACGAUGGACACCUUGGGCAUCAAUUUCUCGACCAUCAGUGUGAGUGCUCCCGGGGUCUACUUCCUGAGCGACCCUAGGGAGGCACACGCGCUGGCCCGGACUGUCAAUCUCGCCAUGCACAACUACACCCAAGCCCAUCCCACUCGGCUGGGAGCGCUCUGUCUGCUGCCCCUGCCGCACGUAAAAGAAGCAGUAGCCGAACUGGAGUUUUGCCUUGAUACGCUCAAGUUCCCCGGUGUGGGCAUGUACACGAAUGCCAAUGGUACCUACCUAGGCGACCCUUCUCUCAACCCUGUCUUCUCAGUUUUGAAUGAGCGACAGGCCACUGUCUUCGUCCACCCGGCAGCUCCAGGAUGUCAGUCAGUGAGCCUGGGCUACCCGUUCCCUUUGACGGAGUACCCAUUUGACAGCGUGCGUGCAAUGGAAAAUCUAUUAUUGAAGGGCCAACGCGCGGAGAAUCCUGAUGUCAAGAUGAUAUUCGCUCACGGUGGGGGCGCCAUGCCCUAUCUAGCCAGUCGGAUUGCCGGAAUGGCGUCCAUGUCGUUGCUGGGGUCUCUGAACAUGACCAAAUCUCUGGCGGAGCUGGCAGGGUACUACUUUGACACGGCGUCUGCCACCUCAGCAAUUCAACUCACUGCCAUGAAAAGCUUCAUAGGGGUGGACCAGAUUCUGACUGGAACCGAUUACCCGUAUGUUCCCCUUGCGCAGAGUGAGGCGGCACUCCCUGCCAUCCAGGGCAACGGCGACUUCACCGAUGCCGAGAUGGCGCGCAUCAACCACCAGAAUGCGCUAUCACUGUUUCCGCGCGUUGCCAAGGUGUUGGGUUAUUAA